UCCGGGGUGGGAUGUGUUUGUUGCUCCUCACGCGCGUCUCGCCUCUCACACGCCACUUGAGCUCGCAUAAGAAAUAAGUGAGUUGACUUCACCGCUGAGGUUCGGCAUACAUACAUCGUCGAAUUGAGCUCUUGUUGUGACGGUUCUCUUGAUAUCAGACAGUUCGUUGUGCGACAAUUGUUAUAAAUUGAUAUGCUGUAGUUCGCUGGCCAGUGUUUGAUUGACUGCAACAUUUGGUGAUACAAUGGCAAAAAUGGAAAAAUCUGUAAAAGACGAGGAAAAGAGUGAAGGGGAGGCGGCGAGAGAGAGUGGCAGCGACACGACGGGUGCAGAUGAAGUGGACACCAAUAAUAACAACGACGACAAAAAUCAAAAUGUUUCUCCCAGCAACAAAUCGUCGGGAGCCUCAAAUGUCAAAUAUCAGCUGAGGCCCCGCGCGAUACACCCCCGGCGCCGCUGUGACAGCGAGUGGAGCCUCCCCGACACGCUGCGGCACAAGCCGCGGCCUCCGCCUCUAUCCCGCUACCGCAGGAAGACAGCUAACGCGCGGGAGAGAUGUCGCAUGCGGCAGAUCAACACAGCCUUCGAAAGCCUGCGAGGCGUGUUGCCCUCGUGGGUGUGCAGCCGCCGUGCAGCCGCCGACAUGACCAAGAUCACCACUCUGCGACUUGCCUCCGCGUACAUCAGAUCCCUGCAGGACAUCCUGGACGGCAACGCCCCAGAGGACACUUGCUCCUGGGUUCUUUCCAGCAUCCUUGGAGAGGCCGCUCCUAUGCCAGACCCUGAGCCUGGCCGUCCCUGCAGCCCUGGCCGGGCACAGCAGAUCCUGGGACUCACUCCUCCCCAGACAGAUUUUGUCUCCUUCCUGUGUUCUGGUGCAGAGUCCCAGGUUCUGCAGGACAACAUGGAUUCCCUCUCGUCCCUAUCGCCUAUGUCCGAGACGGAGGCUGUUGCCAUCCUGAUGGGGACAGAUCCUCAGCCCCGCCCUUGGCUGGACGGCCAGCAGUCUCCUCUGGUGUCGUGAUCAGCGGGAAUCGCGUAUUGCUCACGCAGGAGUGUCCAGCACCGGUCGUGAACCAGAGUCAGGGUGCCACGUGAGGGUCGUGGCUGCUGCUGUUGAUGCUGCUGCUGGAUCUUGUGGAUCUUAUGUGAUAUUACUUGUUUUUACAAGUCAAACUCUACCAGAUACAAAGUGAGGUGUGCCUUUCCUUGUUGUUGUGGGAGCUGAACUCCAAAAACAAACAUUUUAAAGGAAACACGUAGUGCAAAUAUUUAAGUAUAAGUUUUGUGUUAACAGUGUGAACUUAUUCAAGAAUAAUCAUAAACAGUGUCGUCUAGAAUUUCAAAAACAUUAGCACGUACCCACUGCGCCGCGUGACGACAGCACUGCAUGGCACUAGAACAGUCAUACUGGACAUAUCACGAGGCGCCACCGUCGCAAGCAAAGUGGGUCCCGCCGUGACUUCCGAGUGUGCCUUGCUGCUGCUUCCGCAUCGAACCUACUGCUGUGUGGAGAAUGUUGAAAUUUGUCAUUUAUAUUUACAUUAUUUAUUUAGUGUUAGAUAGGAAAGCUAGAUAGAUUUUUGUGGUUUCAUGGGUGAGUUAGGAGAAUUAGAUGAGAGAGAUGUUGCAUCGGCCUCUGGUGAUCGUGGGUCACGUGAGUCUGUGGGAGUCAUGCCCGGAAGGGGACAGGCACGGCUGACGUAGAUAAGAUCCUAGUGCGGCUCCCCGCCUCUCCCUUUCCCUGCGUGAGUAGUGAGGAGUCUCCUCGUCGAGGUGCAAGAUGUAAUUUUGGAUCUUGUUACCAUCACCAAGUGUGUAUUUUGUUAUCUUUCUUCAGCAAACGUGGAAUAGCGAUACAUUUGAGAUGUUAGGAAUAACAUUUGAACUGCUAGUAAUAUGUAACAUGUCGUCAGUAAUACUAUUCAGUCACGUUAACUCCUUCGGUACUAGGACGCUUUUUUACUAUGAGUUUUGAGUGUAAUUAGACGAUUUUAAUUUACAUUAGAAAGAGUUUAUGGAGGUAAAAAGAUUACUGGUCAGAGUCUUCACUAUUUUAAUCCCCACAUAAAUUUCUGAGGUUGUAUGAAAUCGCCAAAUAUUAAACAGAGUGACUAUGAAAAUGCGUCAUGGUACUGAAGGGGUUAAGGUCACUUGAUGAAGACAACAGAUUCCAUCAUUCUCCCAGUGGCCGGAGUGUCCCACCCACUGUCACGUUGGCCUGGCAGCUCAUUAGUGUUGCAAGACAGGCUUUUGGUAUCACCACAGCACGUGCUUGCAUUCAGUGAAGGAAGUCUACAUUACACAACUUAAUCUCCUUCACUAGUUUAUCAUUAUUGCAAUCUAGACAGAAAUCUUUCUAGAAUAAGAGGUGUCUAUAUAUUAUAUUAAUAGUUACAGUGCAGUUACUCAUGUACCUCUAGUGGGAAGACAAGCAGGGCUCCGAUUCACUAAGGUGUCAUCAAGGUGCGUGACCGCCCGAGGCAGGUGUGCCGGAGUCGUUCCGUGGGGUAGCCUUCAUCAAGAAGCCAUCUUAGCCUUAUAAUAUACUUUAAGUUUUUCAGUGAUAUUAGGAAAGUUCAGCUUCAGUGUCUUCCUCCAAGGAUGUCGGUACAGAAUGUGGCUGAAAACUGUUGGAGAAGUUACAUAAUUUUUUUCAUGAAAAACAAUUUAUGAAUUCUUUUCAAAUGUUCACACUGAAUUAUUAACAUGAACCAUUUAGGGAAUACACGUCCCGCAGUCCCGGGGUGCACCGGCUGAUCGAAGCCGCAACCCGCCGUCCCUCCCUCACACUCUAGUCAGCUCGCGUGUGAGGAGCCGCAGCAGCAAAAGCAGCAGAAACAACGAAGGCAGCAACAGCAGCAGCAGCAGCAGCACAGCAGCAGAAUUCAUCAUAACGAGUCAACGUAACCACAGCGUGCCUGGCCGAGUGUGCUGCUGCUGCACAACAAACCCAUCAAUACAGAUGUGUAUAGAAGCAAAUCACUAUUCAAGUUAUUACAUUGUUCGAAAAAAAUUAGAUCAUAUAUAUAUAUAUAUAUAUAUAUAUAUAUAUAUAUAUAUAUAUAUAUAUAUAUAUAUAUAUAUAUUAAUCUGUUCACAGUAUCUUCAUUAUGGAAGGAAAUAUUUUCAAAAUUUUCGUGACAAGAAGCUCACGGACAGACAAACACUGGUAACGCUUCGGAGAGACGCGGUGAACCAGUAGAGUAAGCGCUUCCCAUGACAUUUGCAUAACAUAGUGUGUAUAUAGAUGAGUUUUGUGGUGUUUGUGAGAAGAGUAUUGUAGCAAAUAAAUAUAUAUGGAUUGUUUGUAAAUAGAGUCGUUUGUUCACUGAGAGGGUUUAUAAUGUUACACGUACGUAGAAUAAACGGGGUUUCUUAGUAA